UUGAGAUUUAUACCAGAAAAGAAGACUGGAACCCUUUUUUCCAGAAGGUGUUGGUUUUACUCUGACCAGUCUUACCAUUUAGGUAACCUUUCCAUACCUCUGUAGCACAUUUCAUCUGUCAUUCACCUUUGAGUAACACACCUGAGCUCAUGAAUCCCUGCUCUGAGAUUGCUUUAGCCUUCCAAACUCCUGACCAGAUUCAAAGAAGCAGAGCUCCUUGUUUGUCAAACAUUAAAGUAUAUUUCCUUCACCGUCAACUUCAAAUACUCAGUGUCAGACCAAAUGUGCAAUAUCUGACAGGUGCCCACAGCUAGAAAUAGAGGGUUUUUUAUAAAUUUUAAGCUGAAUAUCGCAUGCUUAAGGGUGACUGUCACUUUGAACCUCACCAGACAGUUCAGAGGUUGCUAAAUCUGUGUUAUGUGCAGACUUGCAGAUGCUAAGAAAAUGUCACAUAAAGAAUCUAAAACUUCCUUAGGAAAAACUUCUUUAGGAAAACUGAUUUUAUAAUUGCAUCACACCACAGAAUGUUCUGGUUUCUUCUUUAGCCAUGUUUGUGGUCAUUAGAGAAGGUCAGUGUACAACAAGCGCUGUAAAAGGCAGUGCCACCAAACCAGCAAAGGAAGGAAAGAGUUGUCAAAGUUUGGUAUUUUGCCAGUCCAUCAAUACGUCCCUUUUGGACAGGCAUAAUGUGAAAGUUUUUAAUUCCAGACGCUUUGCCUGGAGGCUACUGCUGAGUGUGCACCACAGACAGAGAGCUUACCCAGGACAGAGAGCGUUUCCCGAAGGAGCAUCCCUGUGACCUUCAGUGCCUGCCACACGGUCGCUCUGCGGAAGAGGAGCUGUGGCACACAGAGACGGCAGCCGAGAGACGCUGCCCUCGCUGGGCACAGCCGCAGGGCACCCCAGCUGCCACAGGCCUUUGCCAUCCCUCCCACGGGCAGGACAAGGCCAGGCUUGGGCUCAGCCUCCAGAUGGGAAUGGACAACCCGGGAGAGGUAGAGACAGGAAUACUGGGGCUUUAGCAACAAGCUUUGCACGUUGCUGCCCAGCUCUGCAUAUCGUGCUGCGUAACUCCAGUGCCUGGUGCAACCUUGCUUGCCCGGAAUAACACCAGCAGGAACUGGUGAGAGAUCCUGGCCAGCGCCCUCCGGGGUGCCUCUGGCACCGGGAUGCGCAGGCGGGCGCGGCUCCCGGGUGACAGACUAGGGCUGCAUCGAUGUUUAUCAGUGAUCGCCAUGCCGGCCCUGCUCCGGCCGGGCCCCGCAGCGCCCUCAGCGUCCCCGACUUGCCCUUCCCGCGGCCGCCAGCGGGUGGCGCUGCCGAGUCACCGACGGGGCGCGGCGGGGGCUGCGCGGGAGCGGAGCGGGAACGCACCGAGAGCGGGAACGGAGCCGGGAAUGCACCGGGAGCGGAGAAGGAACGGAGCGGGAGCGGAGCGGGAGCCGGGUCUGGCGCGGCGGCCCCCCCGUCGUGGGUGGCGGGAGGCGGCGGAGAAGGUCUCCUGCCUCACUCUUCAGGAGGCCCACAUUUUCCCUGGACUUCCUUUUGCUUUUGCUACUGUGAAGCUUUUCCUCAUCACCUUUCAGUGCCUGGACCCGAGGCAAGAUCCUCAGCUGGGAUAAAUCAGCUCCACUUCCCUGUGGCCAAGGGAGGUAGGAAGAUGCACAGUGGUUCUGGACACAACCUGCCUUGUUUGGAGACUGGACCUCUUUUCCCUGAAUGACUGGAAUGACUUGGAGUGUUUUUUUAUGCAGUUCUCAUAGAUGCAGAUAGGUCUGUGUUGCUCUUCUACUCUAGCCAAUGUACUCUACCAGCAUUUCAAUGCCUGCUAGUCAAUAACAUUUAUUACAGUAGAAGGGAAACCUGUGAUGAUCUUCCUAAAUGCUGUGCCGGGUGAAUAACAAACACAAGAAGUGUCUUGACUGGAUAGAGGAUCUUCACACCUUUUGACAGAUGCACUAUAUACACAGAAAAUGUAGCGAUAUUUUUCCAGCCAUGAGUCUCAGCCUCUGUAUGAACAUCAAAGGAAACAUACCCAGAAUAUUCAGCUAGAUGAAGAGUGUGAAUUCAUCACAGAUUCCUCCUCAGCAUCUGCCUAGACUUAAAAUAAGCAGAUCCAGAAAGAUUACUGCGUCAGAAGCGGGGAGAAUCCUGCCGAAGGUGAACUGUCUCAUUCCUGAAUGCUGCCAAGAGGUGAUGAGCAGACAUGCAGCAGCCUUCCUGCUGGACUGGAAUACAUAAGCUUGGGACAAGAGACAGCCUUACAGGUGUUGUCUCUCUCUGCACUGAUUAUAACUGGGUGAGUGACUCAGAAAGGACACUACAGGGCAGCUAAAACCAAGCUGAAGGAGUUUCUGCUCUUACUAAACAAGUUUUGACCUUGGAUUCUUCACAGUUGACAGCAGCCAUGGAGCCCUUCAGAGCCUUUGGAGGCAUCUCCUGAUCAAUGAGGCACAAUGAGCUCAAAGCUUCUGCCCAAAGGCACACAAGUGUCUUCAAGUGUUCUGUUUUCAGGAGCAUCCAGAGCUUAAGAACAACCUCUUUAAACAUGGGUUGUAUGUCAAAAAUGUGAUAUGAUCUUGGACAUCUGGCAAGUAUAUGUAUAUGUUUAAUUGAGAGAAUAAACAUUCCUCAAAAAUCA